AUGGUUCUCCUAACAGAUCUGAAGUCUGUGCCAGAUGAUGUGGAAUCAAUGAAAGUGUUUCAAGAUAUCAAGAAGAUCAAUGAAGGCAAGCAGCCCCUGUACCAGGAGGACACCAACAAGAGGAUCCUGAACUCACUGGAGCUGCUGAAUAGUCUGGAUGACGAUGCAGCCCAAGCCUCUCGUUUGCAGCACCCUCAAGCUGAGAUGAUUGAGAAGGAUAUGAAACAGCUGCGAGUGCGUGUGAUGAAGCUCCACGAGGAACAUGAUCGCAUUUACCGCAUCACACGAACAGAGCAGGUUCCCACUGUCAAUUGGGGAAAGAUAGUUGAUGAGAAACUGGCAAAUGUGAACAACAAAGGAUACGGACAAGAUCUGCUGACCGUCGAGAAUGAAGUGGAGGAGCACAAUAUUUUCCACAGUGAAGUCGAGGCACUUGCUCCGUACAUCACUGGAGACCGGGACGGUGUGGAUGGCCAGCAGGCGAAGUACAACAAACUACUGGCGAGCUCCACUGCACGUCAAAAGAACCUGCUCAGUCUGAGGGACUACAUGCAGCGCUGCACCAACGAGCUCUACUGGAUGGAACAGCAAGCUGAAGAGCGAACUGCAUAUGACUGGAGCGACAACAACCUGGACUACCCUGCCCGCAAGAGGCAGUACGAGAACUUCAUUAGCAAGUGUCUGGAGUCUAAGGAGAAAACCGUCACCCAGCUGAAUGAAGAUGGAGAGGAACUUAUUGAGCAGAACCAUCCGGGAAAAAAUGUCAUUGGGGCACACAUGGAUGCUGUACAUGCAGAUUGGAAGGAAUACCUCAACCUGCUGAUCUGUGAAGAGAACCACCUCAAGAACAUGGAUGAUUAUCACAAAUUCCACAAGGAUGCAAGAGACACCAGCGAUUUGUUGAAGCGUCUGGAAACCGAGAUCAACCAGAAAUAUAAUCCUGAGUUUAAAGACAUGUACCAGAUGGAGGGCCUGAUUGCUGACCUAGAUGAUCAGGCAAAGGCCAUGGACCAUUUCGACGAGCGACUGAAAGCUCUUCAGAAGCGCAGCCUGCAGGUGCUCCCUCUGACUUACCGCAGGGAGACUCCUCAGAAACUGCUCCCUAUCGAGGCUCUGUGUGAAUAUGAGACUAAUGAGGGUUCAAUUUUGCGAGGGGAGCGGUACACCCUGCUCAGGAACAAUGGAUCCAAAUGGGACGUGAAGGACUCAAAUGGCCGCACCAUGAGUGUUCCAGCAGUGUGCUUCAUAAUCCCACCGACCGACCCUGAGGCUGUGGCUGUUGCUGAUAAUCUAAUAAACCAGCACAAAAGUAUCAAACAGAAAGUAGCCAGCAGCAAAUCUGCACUACAGGCACGACUGGCAGAGCUGAAGAAGGAGAGUACAGGAGGUCAAGAUAAACAAGAGCAGCAAUGCCGUCAGCUGAUGGCAGGACUGGAUAAAGUGGUCAGUGAUCUGGAUAAGCAGGAGAAGGCCAUUUACUCUCGUGUGCGCCCCCCACUGGAGCAGACACGUCCUGUGCAAGACAGCGCUGACAAGCUACAGGACAUAAAGGACAUUGCUGCUGCUGUUCGUAAGAUAGAGCCAGAAAAGUCUGCAAAAGUAAAGGAGGCUGAGACUUUCCUCAGAUCCUCUCCAAAAUGUGCAAGUGCACCACAGCUCUACUCCAAGGUGGAUGAGGCUAACAAAAAAUACAAUAAAGUUGAUCUGCUAUUGAAGUGUGCUGAUGACAAACUGCAGAAUUCCUAUCGGCUGGAGAAUUCUUUGCAGAAUGGCAAAGCUCUGCUGUCCACCUAUGAAAACAAACUGGCAAGAGAGGAGGUCGCCCCAUCUGACCCCACCUCACUGGAGAAGACCCAGCGUGAGUUGGCGGACAUUGCAUCUGAGCUGAGGAGCAAAAGAUCUACUAUCACAGAUACUGAGCAGAACUUGAGGGAUGCCAAGGCCAGCUGCAACAAUAUGGCCAACAAAGUGCAAGAACAUUGCCCUGAUAUUGAGAGGCAAGAGGCUGAUGUUCAGAAACUCACCAAGCGCUUUGACAACCUGAACAGACAGGUUGAAGCAAGAUCACAAUGUCUGCAAAGAGCCAAAACCGCCUACGGCAAUUACCACAAUGACUAUGACAACCUCAAUAGCUGGCUUUCUCGAAUACCAAACUAUGAGCCACGUGAAACUGAUGGCAUCAGACAGAUUGACGAAAAACUGAACAAUCAAAGAAAUCUGCUCUCUGACAUCACAAGAAAGGAAUCAGACCUGAACAAUGUGUCUAGAAAUGCACAGCUUUAUCAGCAAGCAGUCAAGGACUAUGAAAAUGAAGCGGAGCAGUUUAAAUCCAUCCUUGACCUUGAAGAUGGCUUGGUUCCUCAGACAUACAAAAGGAGCAGACUUGAAUCUCCUGCCUUGAAAGUGAAGAGAGAGGAAUCUGCAAUUGAGGCCAAGUUCACUGAAGUGAAUGCUGUGAACAAGCAGAGACUGCAGAACCUGGAGUUUGCUCAAAGCCUUCUUAACCAGCAACCAGAAGUUACAAUAAUCCAGCAAAAUGUCCAGACGGUGAGAUCCUCAGCCCCAGGAGAAGAGCCCUGGAGAAUCAGAAAACAGCUUCAGGAAGAAAUUCAGCGGAGAGACCAAAUGGAAAGAGAAAUUCAGAGUGUCCAGAGUGACAUCUAUUUACUAGAGGGCCAGAAACCACAGGAUACAAUUGUCAAGAAAGAGCUCAUCAAGAAGGUGCCUGACCCUCAACUUGAAGAAGAAUAUCACCGGGUUCAGCAGAAGCUCUUAGAAGAAAGCAGGACCACUCGUGUCUUAGAGAGCGAAUUGGACACACUCCGUGUAAAGCUGCGUGGGAUUGAGACCGAAAUGAAAGAAGGAGCUCAGCAGUAUACAGUCAAAGAGGUGCUCCGCAUUGAGAGGGACAGGGGACAGGAGGAAGAACUCAGGAGACUGAGAGAGGAGCUAGAGGAAGUCAAGAGGAUGAAGAUGGUCAGAGCGAAUGAAAUCAUUCAGAUUCAAAAGCAUGUGACUAUUCUUGCAGAGGAGAAAAACAGGGAGCAGGAAAUUAUCAGGGAGGAGGAAGUCAUUAAGGUUCAAAAUGACCCUCAACUUGAGAGUGAGUACAGACUAUUGCUUGACAGGAAACAAAAAGAUAUAAACAGCCGAAAGGAACUCGAAGACGAGCUUCGAUUCCUGCAGGAGAAACUAAGGCGUCUUGAAAAGGAAAAGGCAAUGGCUGAGGAAAAGAUCUCCAUCAAAGAAGUACUGAAAGUUGAGAAAGAUAUUGCUUUGGAGAGAGAGGUAGAGAACCUGAGAAGACAAUAUGAAGAUGAAAAAACCAAGCGCAGCUCUUUGCUUAGAGAAAAAACUGACAUUCAUCGGAAGAUUACCAGCCUGGAGGAAGAGAAGUCGAAGGUCAUCAUUCAGGAGAAGGUGCGUGAGAUUGUUCGACCCGAUCCGAAGGCGGAAGCGGAGGUGGCAAAUCUUCGACUUGACCUGGUGGAGCAGCAGAGAAGAUGCAGAGAUUCAGAGCUCCAGCUGAAGUCCUUCCACGAUGAACUGACAAUGCUAAGAAACCGAGGCCCACAAAUUGAAUACAAAGAGCUCAUCAAAGAGGUCAUCAAAUACAAGAUUGACCCAGAAACAGAAAGAGAACUGGAGAAACUCAGGAAUGAAAUUGUUGACAAAACCCACCAAACAGAGAAGUUCGAGAUGGAGAUCCUCCAACUCAAAGAGGAGAUUCAAAGAUGGAAAGACACCAAGCCUCAAAUUCAGACCAAAGAGGUUGUAAAUGAGAUCCUGCAAUACAGAGAAGAUCCUAAAACCAAGGAGGAGAUUGAGAGUAUAAAGAGAAAAUUGGCUGAGGAACAGAGGAAACGUUUGGACCUGGAAAACGAAAGGGCCUCCAAUGAAGAAAGGAUCAGGAUUAAGAAGAUCGACUUGUCACAGGUGAGGGAAAAGAUUGUCCAGCAAGAAGUAGUGAAGAUGGAGCAGGAUCCACUCUUGAGGUCUGAAUGUAACACCUUCACUCAAAACAUCAACAAUGAGCAGAAACAGAGAGAGAUCUUGAAAGAAGAGCUGAUCAGGAUGCAGCAUCAAAAGACCGAAUUGGACAUUCAGCUUGAGGAGCUAGAACGUGAACGCAGAGCCCGCAGAGAAGCUGAGAUUGAAAUUCAGAGACUGAGAGUGCGGCUCAAUGAGCUAGAGAUCAGGGACAAGGAAAACAACCUUCAGAGUCAAGAAUGCGACUGGGAGGAGAUCACAGUCAAGGGUCCGAAUGGCGAGUCCUCCGUUCUUCAUGACAGAAAAUCGGGCAAGAAGUUUUCCAUUGAAGACGCUCUGAGGGCUGGAAACAUCACAAACCGUCAGCUGCAACAAUAUCAGAACAAAGAGAUAAGCAUCCAGGAGUUCGGGGUCAUGCUGUCAGGCAGAGGCAAAUAA